AUGUUUCCGAAGUUCGACCCGACCAACCAAGAUGCUUGUCUUGCUGUUCUUGAAGAUGUCACCACAAACGCCAAGCAAAUUCAAGAAUCUGUGUUGGAGAAUGUACUUUCUCGUAACGCCCAAACCGAAUAUCUCAAGAGAUUUCUCAAUGGCGGAUCCGAUAUCCAAAACUUCAAGAAGAAUGUGCCUGUCAUUAACUACGAAGAUUUCAAGCCUUAUAUCGAACGUAUCGCUAAUGGCGAACCUUCUGAGAUCAUUUGUUCGCAACCGACCAUUACUGAACUCAUAUCCAGUUCGGGGACUUCGGCAGGUGUGCCAAAGCUGAUUCCGAUGACAACAGAGGAGAUGGACAGGAGGAGUCUGUUCACACCUCUCUUUGAAUCUCUCUUGAACAAGCAAGCCGGAGGUCUUUAUCAAGGGAAAGCAUUGCUGUUUUUUUUCAUGAAUGGAGAUACCGAGACGCCUUGUGGCUUGUGGGUCGGAACUUUCAUAACGAAUGUUAUCAGAAGCUACUCAAAUAGAUCGUUUCUUUGGGAUCGAGCUCUGUCAAGCCCACUCGAUGUUUCCAUGUGUAGAGACACUAAGCAAAGCAUGUAUUGCCAGUUGCUAUGUGGGUUAGCGCAACGAGAUCACGUGGGCCGGUUUGGUGCAUCAUUUUCUUCUACGUUCAUUAAAGUCAUCAAAUUCUUGGAAGUUCAUUGGCGUGAGCUAUGCUCAAACAUAAGGAUGGGUCACGUUAGCGAGUGGAUCACCGACGUCAAAUGUAGAACCGCAGUUUCUAACAUCCUCGGUGGGAGAAACCCAGAACUAGCUGACAUUAUCGAGAAAGAAUGCGAUAAGAAAUCAUGGGAAGGCAUAGUUAGGAGACUCUGGCCUAAAGCAAAGUGCAUCGAAACCAUUGUUACAGGUUCCAUGGCACAAUAUGUUCCAAUGGUGAAUUUCUAUGGCGGAGGUCUCCCUUUGGUUUCAGCCAUUUAUGGAAGCUCAGAAUGUUUUUUCGGGAUCAAUCUCGACUUGUUGUGUAAGCUUUCUGAUGUGUCUUAUACCAUCAUCCCAAACUCAGCAUACUUCGAGUUUUUAGAGAUUAACAGAAACGAGAAUGAAACCGGUCAUGGUCAACUGGUUGAUCUCGUAGAUGUUAAAAUCGGUCAUUGCUAUGAACCUGUAGUCACAACAUUUACUGGUUUGUAUAGGUAUCGAGUCGGGGACGUGUUACAAGCAACUGGUUUCCACAACAAUACACCUAUGUUUCAAGUCGUAGGAAGACAAAAAGUUGCUCUAAGCAUCGAUUUGGACAAGACCUAUGAAGAAGACCUCGAAAAGGCAGUGACACUUGCAAAACGUUUGCUUGAGGAACACAAUAUUAUGCUGACAGAUUUUACAAGUUAUGUAUAUACUUGUUCUUUCCCUGGCCAUUACGUUCUUUGCUGGGAACUCGAGACAAAACUCAACGACACAACACUUGAGUUCGAUCCCAAUACCUUGGAGGAAUGCUGCUUCCUCGUCGAGGAAUAUCUUGAUGCUGUUUACAGGAAAUACAGAAAUGACAAAAGCAUUGGCCCGCUCGAGAUUAAGGUGGUAAAAGGGGGAACUUUUGACGAGUUGAUGGACUUCUUUGUCUCGAGAGGGUCUUCGGUGAGUCAGUACAAGACACCAAGAUCUGUAACACAUGAAGAAGCCUUGAAGAUUUUGGAAUCUGGUGUUGUGUCUGAGUUUUUCAGCAAGAAAACUCCAUUGUGGAAAAGUCAUGAGAUACACUCCGUUCAAUAG